AUGGAGAAGCCGGGCAUCAAGGAGAAGCAGCUCCUGCCUAGUCGGACAAUGUUCCAUGGCAUCAUCCUCGGAUUUUCCUGCUCCCCAAUCGGCAACAUCAAGAUCGAUGUCCUGUUCGGUGACAAGCUCCACUUCCGCCGUGAGCCGAUCUGGUUUGAGGUGGUUCAUCUGGACAGCCCCUACCACGCGCUCUCGGGCCGACUAGCACUGGCCAAGUUCAUGGCGGUGCCGCAUUACGCAUACCUCAAGAUGAAGAUGUCGGCAGUCGGCUGGCCGGAGUCCCUCGUCAUCGCCGAAGAGAAGCGCCUCCUGGAUCGGGCGAUGGCCAUGGCCCGCGAGCAGCCGGCCAUACCAUCUGACCCCAAGGACGCGGAGGCCCAGGGCUCCUUCCAGCCGGCCAAGGAAACCAAGAAGAUUGCCUUGGAUCCGGUGCACCCGGAGAGAUUUGCUGUCGUGGGGUCCAACCUCGACAGCAAAUAG